AUUAUCAUCGACAGUCAACAGAGCUGAAGAAAAAAAAAAUGAAAAAUUCCAAUCUUUUUUUAUUUUGCUCUCUUUUUAAUAUUCUGAGCUUCGAGUUCUCCGUCUUUCUUGGAGAAGAAGAACAAAUGGCCAUGGUUUUGCCAACUAACUCACCCACUUCUUUUAAAAAGGGAAUUCUUCCUUUAUGCGAAUGUUCCAGAUCCCAUCUUCUUCUUUAAUUGAGGGCUCUGUGAAAAACCCCUUUUGAUUUUACAGCAGCGGCAGAGGAGCUUCUUCAAGACCCCAGAUAUCUUUGAGUUUAAGCUGAAAACAAGAAAAAUGGAGCAUACCCAUUUGAAAUUGUCGACCACUGUCAACUGCUGCUCUGGACUGACUCAGGAAGUUGAAAGUAACAAAAUGAAUGUUGUGAUAGAAACCAAAAAAAGGCAGGACGUAUUUGAGGAAAUCAAACAUCGAUUUCUAAGCUUUAAAAGGAAUACAUAUAUGAAAAAUUUAGAACAUUUUCAGCGUCUUUCUGAUGCUCAAUCUCCAAAGUUUUUGGUGAUUUCUUGUGCAGAUUCUAGAGUUUGUCCCUCAAACGUUCUGGGUUUCCAACCUGGAGAAGCAUUUCUUGUUCGAAAUAUAGCAAACUUGGUUAUACCUUUUGAGAACGGACCGACAGAAACACAAGCUGCACUGCAGUUUUCUGUUAACACACUCGAAGUUGAAAACAUUUUUGUCAUUGGCCAUAGCUGUUGUGGGGGCAUUCGUGCACUUAUGAGUAUGAAAGAUGAAAAACCGAGCUGUUUUAUCACAAAUUGGGUUAUCAAUGGGAAGAAUGCAAAAAUAAGGACAAAGGCUUCUGCUUCCACCCUUAACUUUGACCAGCAAUGCAAACACUGUGAGAAGGAAUCGCUCAACAAUUCGUUGCUGAACUUGCUGACAUACCCUUGGAUUGAAGAAAAGGUGAAGAAAGGAAGUCUCUCCAUUCAUGGUGGCUACUACGACUUUGUCGAUUGUACAUUCGAGAAAUGGACACUGGAUUACGAAGCAAGCAGCUUUAAAGAGGAAACUCGUAGACUGGCUGUAAAAAAUCGAGAAUUUUGGUCCUAGCUUUUCUGAAAGUAUGCUUUUAUCUUUCCUUUAUAAUGUUUCUUACGAUUCUGUUUCCACGUAUGCCUUUGAAGUCUUGUGAUAAAUAGAUAUGAAAGAAUAAUUAGCCCAUGUUAAGAUUGAGUUUGGGAAUGUGGACUGCUUCUUUUGUGCUUGUAUACAACUUCCAUUUUGUACGUCAUUGCCCAUAAUACUAUCUCGAUCGUAAACUAAAA